AUGCUCCCAUUCUCAACCCUCCUCUUGAGGAAAUACUACGAGGCUAUAGGGUGGAAUGAGGACAACCUGUACUCCAACAUCACUCGCAGCUCGGCAGCGUUGAUAGACUUUCCCGUCCCCGACUCACUCCUCCUCCAGCUCGCCAAUGCCCCCACACCCAUCUUCUUCACAUCAUAUGCGCUUGACGCCUUACCCCAGCUGAAUGGCAGUCUCAACUAUGUCACAACAAGCGAGCCUCUUGUGGUCGGUCCCUCGCGGUCCAUGCCUUUCCGUGAGGUGGUCGAGCGUUUCCGCGUCUACCCAACACCCACCGUCCCGCAACCGAAGGCCGAAAUCUGGCAGGGCGGUCGCCGCAUCGAGGGGCGCGACUACCUGCUCUACUCGCGCCUACACCUGCCUACCAUGCACCUCUCAGGUCUAGCAAGCACACGCAUUGCGCCUACCUUGAAUGCGCAGGUGGCGUUUGUCCACCAGCCGGCCAGACUCGCACCACCAUCGACGGCGAGGCAGGCCGGUGACGCUCCGCCUAAACCUCAACCCGUCCUUCCACCUGGCAACGUCUUGCUGUCUCUGCAGCACGACACGGGACGCUACUCUGGCGAGUACACCUACUCUGCUGCAGAUGCCAUGUUUGGCUUUAGGGGCCUGUACAACUUUGGCUGGAACCCAGAACCACGUGAGGCGCGAAGCACGGCAAGUGGCGGUGAAGCGACGUCGGGCGACAGCAAAGUUCGCGUGGACGAGGAGGAGAUGAUGGACGGCGGGUUGAGAGGCCGGUUCAGUGCUGGCGGAGAGGUCUUCUUCAGCAUCAAGCAAAAGAGUCUGGGUGUCUCCACUGGCGUCCGCUUCACCACGCUGCCCCCCGCUGCCGGUCCCAACGCUCCGCCCCCGUCGCCACCCACCACCAUCACCGUCCUCUACAACCCACUCAUUGGCUUCCUGUCCACUGCCUACGCAGCACAGGUAUCGCCCAACGUGUCACUCGCAACACGUUUCGGCGUCAAUGUCUACUCUUACGAGUCGGACUUUGCCAUCGGUGGCGAAUGGUGGGUGGGUCGUCGGCGUGGACGCACCAAUGGGCCCGUGGUGGAAAUGACCCCCGAAGACCGGGCGGUUGCUGCCAAGAGACGGACUCUGGGCGGCCGGCUGCGCGACAGCCCCGACGACGAGGUGGACGUCGACCUCGACUUCGAGACGACACUGACCCCCGUCGAGCCAGAUGAGGUUCACCUCGCGGACCUUCCCCCAGGUCUGGCGCGUGCACGGAUGAGCCGCGCAGCGGUCCUCGCUGCCGAGGCAGAUGCAAGGGAACGGGACAGGGAGCGCGACGGCGUGCUCAAGGCGAGGUUGUCGGGCAACUGGUCGCUGGCUCUCUUGUACGAGUCUAGGGUCCGCAACUGUCUCGUGUCCGUGGGGUUGAUCACGGACCUGCUGAGCGGUACGGGGAAUGCGAUCAGAAGUGUGGGGUUGGAGGUUCAGUAUUACUCGUGA